UGGAGGGGAGGAGCCGGUACACCUGUGCAAGACUGGGGGGAGGAGCCGAUACACCUGUGCAAGACUGAAGGGGAGGAGCCGGUACACCUGUGCAAGACUGAAGGGGAGGAGCCGGUACACCUGUGCAAGACUGAAGGGGAGGAGCUGGUACACCUGUGCGAGACUGAAGGGGAGGAGCCGGUACACCUGUGCAAGACUGAAGGGGAGGAGUCGGUACACCUGUGCAAGACUGAAGGGGAGGAGCCGGUACACCUGUGCAAGACUGAAGGGGAGGAGCCGGUACACCUGUGCAAGACUGGGGGGAGGAGCCGGUACACCUGUGCAAGACUGAAGGGGAGGAGCCGGUACACCUGUGCAAGACUGAAGGGGAGGAGCUGGUACACCUGUGCGAGACUGAAGGGGAGGAGCCGGUACACCUGUGCAAGACUGAAGGGGAGGAGUCGGUACACCUGUGCAAGACUGAAGGGGAGGAGCCGGUACACCUGUGCAAGACUGAAGGGGAGGAGCCGGUACACCUGUACAAGACUGAAGGGGAGGAGCCGAUACACCUGUGCAAGA